AUGCAAACCAACAUGGAAAUGAACACGACAAAAGGUAGUACGUUUGUCUUACAGCAGGAUGCACUGCCUUUCCUCAUCGGGGUUUUGAUAACGCUUGUGAAUUUGUUAGCGUUAUUCAUUUUAGCACAGAUCAAGAAAAUGAGUUUGCAGAUCAAAAUGCUGUCGAUGAAUUUGGCUGUGACCGACCUAUUGACGGGUGUUGCGGUCCUGGGAGAUUCCUGCCUUUCUCCUAUAUUACCAGAAAGUUUGUGUCGACCAUUGAUGUAUCUCUACUGUCUCGGAGUUGUGGUUUCGUUCCUGAAUAUUACCGGAAUGCUAUUCGACCGGUUCUGCGCCUUGUUUUUUCCCUUCAAAUACCACAAUUUCUUAGAGAAGAAAACGUGCCUAUUCAUCAUUGCAUCCCUCUGGUUCUGCGGCUGUCUGUUGACUGUGGUGAAUUUUCACGAUGGGUUCCGUAUCUACGAUAUCCAAGAUCUACAGGUAUGCGCCUCGUACAUCAUGGUAGGCAAGACGGGAUUGGCUAUUGUAACUUUUCUAUUCUGCAUAUUUAUGAUACUAAACAUUGUCCUCUACAUCCUGAUGUUCAUGAAAAUGUACAAGCUAUCCUACUCUGUACAUACUGCAGACUCCCUGAACAGACAAAGACAUUUUAAGAGCCAGGCCAAAAUUCUGAUAAAUCUGUCUGCCAUCACAGGAGCGUUUAUGGUUCUGUAUACGCCAAUGAUCGUCAUGAGCAUGAUUGAUAUAUUCGACAAAAACCCUGCAAUGAAGAAGACCAUUCUAAUGCUUCAAAGCAGAUUUGGUGUCCUCGUUCUUCUGAAUUCCUUCGUCAACCCUUUCCUUUUCGUGUGGAGAUUCCUGGAAUGCAGGUACACGUUCCUUCUGAUGGUUUGCUACUGCAAUAAGACCAAACGUGAAUACUACCGUGACUUCAAGAAAACCCAAUGCGUUUCGUUUCUAGACGUUCCAAUGAGGUCCUCUUGA